GACACAGUCCGGCAGCAUGGAGACAAGAAGGGCUCCUCACUGGAGCCUGUAGCAGCAGCGCGCUCAGGAGGAGGAGGAGGAGGAGGAGGAAGAGGGACACACACGGCACACACUGAUUGAAUUCUUCUUCGGGCCGGGGGCUGGAAGUGGGGGCCCCGAGGGUCCACAGAGGACCCGGCCGGCGUCUCCGGGACAUGAGAGUCACCAGAGUGUGAGGGCCACUGCUGUCUGUCUCUCCGUCCCAACCCAAGCCAAGCAAGGACACUCCGCAAAUCUCCUCCACCGACCCGACCGCCCCAUGACUCCGUGACUCUGCGGCCGGUGGCACCCGCGGAACAUGGCCCGCCAGCUCUGGCUCGUGCUGUGGACGAUGUGGGGGCUGAACGUGGGGGUGGCGCUGACCUCGGGCUCUUCGCUCAGUCCGAUCCUUGUGCGGACGACCACCGAGCGAUGGAGCAACGCGAACGUCACCGAGACGACGAGUGGAAACUACACAGGCCUGAGCUGCAUCCCUCUGCUUCCUCCCCGGCGCGGCUCCUUCUACGUGGAGUCGGGCUCAGGGGUGUCCCUGGGCUCCGUCCUGGCCUUCUGGUGCCGGGAAGGUUACCAGCUGGUAGGCAGCGAGAAGAUCACCUGCAUCCUUCGGGAAGGUGAGCCUCAGUGGAGCAACUACCUCCCCGUGUGUGAAGCCAUCCCCAGGCCAGAGGACAAGGGCCUGCGGGUGGCUGUACUGGUGUCUGUGGUCAGCGGAGUCAUCAUCUUUGCCAUGUCUGCCUCCUUCAUCAUCUGCUGUCUGCAGGAACGUGUGGGAAAGGAGAGGGAGCAUCGGCGGGACAGCAGGCACAGGAAAAGGGUGAAGAAGCGAUCCACGUCACGGAGGGGAGCCAGGAGAGCCUGCUCAAGACCCCCCUCCCAGGGCUGUACUGCACGGAGAGCCAGGUGUACCCGCACAUGGUACUGCAGCGGGUGCCUACACCUACUGCACCGGUCUACCUGCACCUCCCAGCGCAGGCCACUGAGCCCCAUCACCUGCCGCAAGUCCCCUCUGCCUAUGGAAAACCGGACUACCAUAGCAGCCCGCAAGACACCCCACAGAAGCCUUGGCCGUAGUAACCUUCCGGACCCUUCCUUCCUCCUCUUACCCUCCCUCUCCGUGUCUCUCUUUAUUGCCUGGACUUGGGUAGAUGCGGUGAGUGCUGUUAGUGCAGAGAGCCUCAAACCGGCAUCAUGCACUUCUCCUCUAGAAUUGAUGACACAACCAAAGCGUUCCUGUUUUUCUCUUUUUUUUGUAUACCACAUGGUGGAAUGUGGGUAACUUUUACCGGGUUAGGCCGCAGUUAUACUAGCACCUUUAUAGAUUUAUUCAAAUGAUAAGUACAUGCUUUAUGAAUGAGUUAUGAUUAAGCUUUACGACCUAAUAAUGAACUGAUACACUGUAGAGCUGAUUUAACGCGGACGGCGGGGUCCAAACUUUCAUGCCGCGUUAAAGCGAGUCCGCGUCGUAGCGAAGGUCGAGGAAAAUUUAACUCUCGUUUUGUUGCUGAGAGAAGGUUAACGUUAGUAGAAGCAACCGUCCGCACACGUGUUUGAGCAAAAAUAAGCCAUGCGUCCAUAUUUCGUAAUUACUAAUAACACUGAAUAAAGUGCAGUUCAACAAUUCUUGUUGUUAUUGAUGAACCACAAUGUAAUGAACCAAUGUGAUAAGUUCUGUAACAUUAAAUGCACUUCCUCACAAAUUGUAUAAUUACAGAAAUUUACAACAGAAAUAGACUGAUGUUGAUAUCGUGGAAAGAACUAAACAGGAUUUUACAAAGUUGUUUUAUACGAAUAUAUGAAGUAAGCUUACUGAUCACGUUGCAGCGAGUAAAGAAAAAAAAAGAGUCUAGGGUGGACGGUUUGGUUCUCUCAUGUUUCUUCGUUUUGGCGAUUUCAAUGAUGGACUUCAGAUGUAGGGUGUCGCUCCUGUCUAUAUUUUCAGACUCUUGCCAUUGAAGUGCGGCGGCCUUGGCUGCUGGAGCCUCAGUCACUUUAGGUGGUGGAGGAGGUGGAGCAUCAUCUUCAUCACUGCUAUCAUGAACUUCAGUUGGAACUUGAAGACUUAAUGUAUUUGCUGCAAUGGUCUCAUCCCCUAAACGUUCAUCUGUCGGACACUCGUCAUCGGUGUGAAUCCGUUCUUCAGAGUCCAUACAGUCGAUGAAAAUUAGUCUCCCAACAUGUGAGCAGUUUAAAGCCAUACUGCUGGAGCAAGAGAGCAAAGUUACACCAAAAGAUUGUGGAAAUAAAACACUUUACAACAUGAGUGACAGAAACAACAUAGAUCUACUAGGCAUCGUUCGAAAGGUUUUUCACAAAAUGCCAACGUUUUUUCAUCGUAGGUCGCCGGUGGGGUAAUAAUCGCUAAACUGCAUAACUUUACCUUUGGACUUUUGGAAAAAUUUGGGGUCCAAGCUUUGACUGCAUUAUUUUCGAUCCCGCGUCGUGUCGAGUCGCGAUAAAUCGGGCCUACAGUGUAUUUCCGUUUUUGUUGCUAUGUUUUCAAGUUUCAGUUUUCCAAAUUCCUUCCUGAUUAUUUAUAGGGGUUUUUGUGAAUUCAUUUGUUUUCCGUUUUCUGGCAUUUUUUUCAAAUAGCCUACACCUGCUGGCAAACACACAACAAAAGGAAAUUAUGAAAUGAAAGAUGGAGCAGAAGUGUCGUCACCCACAAAUGUGUACGUGUUAUAUG